CACGGAAGAGCAAACAUUUCAAACCUCGUUGUAGAAGUGAGAUUUGCUAAUUAGUAACGAAAGAUCCGUAAGAGGAAUGUAUAUUUCUGCUCUAAUGAACAAAUGCAUGUUUAGUAGUCAUAUAUAGGAGUCCCAGUUUAGUGUGCUAAACCGGUUUAGUUUGUCUGUCCACUGCUGUGAUGCGGGUCUCUCUAGCUAUCCUGAUUUACCGAGCGUAACAGGGAAAAGCCAGUUACAACUGUUCAUCGCGCAUAACACGGGACGAGGCAAUGGCAUCAUCAGAAGGGAAGAUUGAAUUUGUCAGCAACCUCAAUGGGACAACUCUGACGGAGGUAUCGCUGGGAUCCCUCUUAGCCCCACUGUGUUUUCUCAGCCGCGGACUCUUUCUGAUAGUGUUCCGCAUGCGAAAAGGGGUCCUUCCACUAUCCAAGGGAGCCCAUCUCCUGUUGGACUUCACGACACUGAUAAUGCCUUUGGUCCUGUCAUGCACCGUACUUAGCGACAUUCUACACUUUGUCAUCAUGGGCCUAGCUGUUGUUGACUUGGCUGUCAUAUACCAUGUGUAUAAGAACGGAAAGCAUCCUUUUCGAGGUUCCUUCAAUGGUGUGAUUGACAGAUUUGCCCAAAGCAGUGUAGAAUCAAACCUGGUCCCAUUCGUAACUGUAUUCCGAGUUUUAGUCAAUGUGAAGACGGCCAUAAGCAUUUUAGCUGUCGAUUUUAGUGUGUACCCUAGACGUUAUGCCAAAGCUGAGACGUAUGGAACAGGCGUGAUGGAUUUUGGUGUUGGAGCGUAUGUAAUGGCCAAUGCACUGGUGUGUCCUGAGGCUAGAGGAAAGGACAUUCGAGGGUCAAAGAUCGGUCACGUGUUAAAGCAGUUUCUGUCCGUCUGGCCCUUGGUUCUGUUGGGGUUGAUGAGGCUUGCAAGCGUCAAGUCAACCGGCUACCAUGAGCAUGUGUCGGAGUAUGGAGUUCACUGGAACUUCUUCUUCACGUUAGCCAUUGUCAGAGUGGUGGCGUCUGUACUAUUAGUCGUGUUUCCUGUGAACGCCUCUUGGCUUCUUGCUCUACUCAUUGGUGGAACCUACCAGCUGGUCUUGGAGACAACCGAUCUCAAGUCCUUUCUCAUCCACAAUGACGAGCGCACAGGCUUUCUGCAGGCCAACAGAGAGGGUAUCUUCUCGGUGGUGGGUUACGUAGCCAUCUAUAUGGCCGGAGUUCAGGUUGGUCACUAUCUGAUGCAGAGAAGAACUUCAGUUAAAGCCUGGGUCGGAGUGAUCCGUAACCUUCUGUUAACCAGCUUCGGGUUAUUCUUCACCCUAUACCUAUGCCAGACGUACACCGAGCCAGUGUCCCGUAGAAUGGCAAACUUUUCUUUCUGUAUUUGGACUGUAGCCCAGUCCAUGUUCUUUCUCUCUUGCAUUAGCUGUGCUGAUUUAGUGUUGCUUUUCUCGAAGGCGAUCUCAAAUGUUUCUCUCGUGUCUUCAUCUUGGAGUCCAUGUCCACAUAAGUCGGUAAAUUCAUCAAGAGAUGAGAAAAUUAGAACAAAUAUGGACGCUUUAUGCCUCAUACAGUCCGUUAGUCGGAAUCAGUUGUUAUAUUUCUUACUAGCAAAUAUCAUGACAGGUUUGACCAAUGUGUUAGUAGACACUCUGAACAGCAGUGAUGUUUUGGCUGUAAGUGUUUUGCUGUCAUAUAUGUUCAUGAACAGUUUAGUUAUAUUCAUUCUGCAUAUAAAUAAAAUAACUAUCAAGUUCUGGUAAUACAUCAUUUUUGUUGUUUUGUACUUGUACAACUUCAGAGUUGUUCGUGUAAACGAAUGCCUUUUAUUUGAUUUAUUUUUCCAUGAGUUUCAAACUCUGCCGUGAAAGUUAAUUGCUUGUAAAAUGCAAACAAAAUUGUGUGUAAUUUGUACAUGCAGUAUAUUGUUUUUGUAUAUCCAGGUUUGGGGAGUAACGGAAUACAUGUAACGUGAUUAUUCAUUUAAAAUUCUAAAUAUUAAUAACUC